AUGAUGUUACCGGACGGGUCGUACGGUGGCGUCUCUGGAGGCACAACGAUGUCGCUGGAACUUCUGCUCGGCCUGCCAGGGCUGGGACUGCUGGGUGAGGCUAACGGGACCGUCGGCAAUAAUGGCUCCUUCACUGUAACAGACCCCACUGAGCUGGCACACCCCUGCGAACCUUCCAGCAACGACUUUGACUGCUCGGUCGAGGAGUUCCUGGUGUACGCUCGCGGUCCCCAGCGAAUGCCCCUCUUCACGGCCAUGUUGGUCACUAUCCUGUUCGUCGGCAUCCUGGUGACUGGAGUGAUUGGAAAUUUGAUUGUCUGCCUCGUGAUCGUGCGGCAUCCGUCGAUGCGAACCGCCACCAACUACUACCUGUUUAGCUUGGCCGUUUCGGAUCUGAUAUUUUUGCUGCUGGGAUUGCCGUACGAAAUCAGCCUGUACUGGCACCAGUACCCGUAUAAUCUCGGGCUGCCUUUCUGCAAGAUCCGCGCCCUGAUUUCGGAGGCUUCGACCUACGUCUCGGUUUUGACCAUCGUCGCUUUCUCGAUGGAACGCUUUCUGGCCAUCUGCCAUCCACUACACCUGUACACGAUGUCGGGCCUACAGCGCCCAGUUCGCAUCAUCGCCGGUCUCUGGAUCGUAAGUCUACUCAGCGCGGUUCCAUUCGCCAUCUUCACCGACAUCGACUACAUCGCCUACCCGCCAACGAACGAGAAAAUCCUCGACUCGGCGUUCUGUGCGAUGCUCAGCAAUCCGAAGGGAUUCCCGCUGUGGGAGCUGUCGACCUGUCUGUUCUUCGCGUUCCCGAUGCUCAUCAUGGUGGUGCUGUACGGGCGCAUGGGCAUGCAGAUCCGUUCCCGUACGCAGCGAACUGCCGAGUUGGGCGUUCGCAAUGGAUCAGUUAAUGGGCCGUCGAGGAUAUCGCAGUCACGGAAGGCCAUCAUCCGGAUGCUCGCCGCCGUCGUCAUCACGUUCUUCGUCUGCUGGGCACCGUUCCACGCGCAACGACUGCUGUUUCUGUACGCGCGUGACUGGCAGCACUUCAACACGGUCAACACGUGGCUGUUCUCCGUGGCCGGUUGGCUGUACUACGUGUCCUGCACUAUCAACCCGAUUCUAUACAACGUGAUGUCACAUCGGUAUCGGGUGGCAUUUCGGGAAACGUUGUGUGGGCGACGACGUGGAUUCGGAACCGGAUUCGCUCGUGAUCAGUCCAGCUUCCGAGAGACAACGAUCGACGUCAAUAUGGCGGGCGGUGGUAAUGGAGGCGGCUACGGUGGCUACGAAAGCUCCCGGUUGCUACGCGCCCGCUCAAUGAUGCAAUCGAAACGAUCCCGCUUCCGGGGCACUCUUCACGCGAACAACAGUAUACGCUACAGCGACAAUUGCAUUCGACGAAACUCCCUGCAGAUCGGCAAUAUGCCCAGCAGUCGGAACUCGCUGUCACCAAACCUGACCACCGACGUGGUGGUGAUGCUGGAGAACAACCUCAACGGUCGGCCGCGCUGUUACACCACCUCUGCCACCACACUGGCCACAAACGUCGUCUCGAGCACCUCUACGAUGACGGAAAACAGCUUCAAGGUUCCGCUGAUAAGCAUUGACAAGUUGGGUCCGGACGUGAUCGCACCGCUGGCCCCGACACACAGCGGGAGUCAUGGAGGCAGCAACGGCAGCAUUGAUCCUGGCGCAAACCAUCCUCUCGGUAGCCAUGGUAACAUCCUCAACAAUAACAGCAGCGUGUGCAACAACAGGAACUAUGGUGGCGAGCUUGCUCCAUUGGAGUUUGAAGCUCAACGGCCACGCAGGAACAUCGAACAGGAAGAUGACCGAGUGUCCAUUCGACGGUCCGGGUCGUCGUCAUUGGCGACCUCACCGUUGUUGGCUCUGCCAGCAGUGACGGUAGUGCUGGAAGAGGACACGGACGAACCGGGAACUGGAAGCGACGAACCGGUGCCACAUUCUGCUGAGCUUGAAGAUAGUGGCAGUUGUCAAAGUGUCACCACGUCCCCGAUGACGACGACGACGACGACGCCAGCAACGUUCCAGUAUCAUCAUAACAGCCUCCUACACCAGCAGCUGCAACGUUGCGGCGAAAUGGAUGAGGUCAUCCUGCUGACCGACGCCAAACGUGAAACGUGCAUUUAA